UUCUGGCGUUAGGGUAUUGGACAUGGCUGAGCGAAAUGUGAGACAAGCUUCUCGUGCUCUAGAACAAGGGAAGGCUUUGAUUCUAAAAGGUGUAUCUGAAACAAAGAAAGAGCAUGGGAAGGAAUUGCUUGAAAAGUUGGCUGUUGGGAUGCAAGAGCUUGAAGGCAUUAUCCAGCAAAGAGAUAGGGAGGCAGUGGCCCCAAAGCAGAAGGAACUCUUACAAUAUGUUGGAGGUAUUGAAGAGGAUAUGGUGGAUGGUUUCCCCUCCGAGAUUCCAGAGGAGUACAGUAAUUUGCCUCUUUUAAAAGGAAAAGCAACUGUGGAUAUUAAGGUUAAAGUUAAGGACAAUCCCAAUGUCUAG